AUGCCAUGGAGGAACUCGAAGGAGCGAGUAGACCGUAUAGAGACGUGUCAUGAAGUUCCAAGGGAAGCUCGCUUCGCGCACGUUAAGCCGCGACAGGUUUACCAGCAGGUGCUACUCAAGGUUCACAACAGUGAAGUUUCUGACGAAAGGGAGCGGGACGAAAUGCUUGGUUACUUCGUUCGGAAUGGCUACGAAUCACGCCGCUCAGCGUUUGCAAGGGCAACUGCGAAGCUCCACGACAGGCGGGUAACCAUGGACAAUGUGCCGCGGGAGUACGCCUUUCUACGAAAUGGAACGCCAUUCCUGCAGCUCAUGAGCCCAGACCUGCACAUUUACUACACUCCGGAUGUUAUAGCGAAGGCCUGUCGUGUGGGGCUUCGUGCCCUGGUUGCUGAUGGGGUCCACGACCUUCAGCCGCAGAUCACAAACAAGCGUGGGCAACUUUACACCGGAUUUCCCCUGGCUUUCGCGAUUGCACUAAGGAAAAAUCAACGUAUGCAUGAGCGGAUCUUUCGGGCAGUGAGGGAUGCCAUCAUCGCAGCUGGCGGACCAGAGGACAUACGAAUUGGACAUGGUGCGUAUGGGUUCUGCGCACAGUUCCUCGACUACCUUCAGCGCAACUGGUACGAGGGCCCUUUCAGGGACAUGUGCAACAAAUGGAACAAGAAAAGUCUCCGCACCACUAAUGUAGCGGAAGCCUUCAACAGGUUUAGAACUGGGAGUUGUGCUUGGAGUGAGGUGCUCCCCCUUGGCGGACCUCAUUCUCGCACUGCACGGCUUCGUGGGGAAGGCACGAGGAACCUCGACCAGGCUGAACGGAGGAGAGCGGAGCCGAAGCGUGUUCGCCCGAGGGAUAUCCAACGACGUCGUCACGUCAACAGAGAGAUGGCCCGGUUCAAGGCCAUCCUUCGCCGCAACACCUUCAUUCGGACGUCAACCAUAACUACUUAUUGUUGCCGAAUGUCGCAGUUCGUCACCCGACAAGCGCAUACGUUAAGGAUGCGUCUUCUUCUACAAUAA